AUGCAAACCAAAGGAGAGAUGAAGAAAUGUCGACUAGUCAAACCCCACCUUGCUCACCUAAAUCCCUCAUCGAUAUCUCCUAAGAUUCAUCAAUUACAUCCUCAAAGAACAGCAUCUCCUCUUUACCCUAAUUGGAAUCUUGAUCGGUUCUGCCUUCGUCAUCCUCAAACCAUCGUUUACCACCAUCUGAUAUUGGUAGAGGAUAUGAAGUCUCACAUGUGCAACGGAAGAGAAAGUUCAAUAAGAAGAAGUCAUCUAUCAGAUCAGUGCUUUCCGGCAAAACCAGAAGGAGAUGAGAGGGGAACGAGAGUGGUAGUUGCUUCCUCUGGUGAGCUUCUCAUCCCGUCAGUUGAUAGUAGCAUCACGAAUAGUAGCAGAGGGCACGGGGGUGCUGGCGGAGCUGUGGUUGCCGGUGUUCCUAGGUGUCGCCGAUGGGGAAGGAAUGAAACAACAAAGGAAUGGAGUUGA